AUGGGCAUGUUUAUCGCGUUCCGUUUCCUGAGCGGCGCCGGCAGCUCAGCGUGCUUGGCACUCUCCGGGGGCACGUUGGCCGACGUGAUCCCGAGAGAGGAUCGCGCAAAAUGGAUGAGUCUGUUCGUGUUGGGGCCCCUUCUGGGGCCUGUCAUCGGCCCAAUCGCCGAAGGGUUUGCAGCUGAGAAUCUUGGCUGGCGCUGGGCAUUUAGAAUCAUCCUGAUCUUGGCAUCUCAGGACUGGCGUAUGUCGGGCUUGGCAAUGUGGUAUUGGCAUGCUCGCCUCCGUGGUCAUCCAGGCUCGAUUCAGGAGCGUCAUAAUGGAAGCACAGAAGAAGAAAACGGGAAGAAGCAGACCAGAAGACCGACUUCUGAUUACAGCAUACGCCGCGCCAAUUCUGCCAGCCGGUAUGUUUUGGUACGGUUGGUGCGUGGACAAGCUUUGGAAAUCCCGCUCACGCCUCUGCCCUCCAGCCGAAGUGGAUGGGACGACGGACUCCACUUCGCGAUGGAGCUCCGAGACUGGACCGUGAAGCACGCAGAAUUGGUGGCCAAACCCAACGCAGCCAGUGAUCAGUAUGUGAGGGUCUACGUCGAUGGUGCUACGUCGAAGCUCCCGAGGGCAGUUACCGUGUUGGCGCGAAAGAUGCUGGGUUCCGAGUGGGACGAAGCUAUGCGAAAUAGUCUCAAGUAUGUAUCCGCGAGCGAUUCCGUUGCUGCUAUUUGCUACUCUUAA